GCACCGCUGCCUGCCGGGACCCGUAGUCCCUCCGCACCGCUCCCGGCCCCAUCCAGGACCCCCCCUGCCUGGUGUUGUCCCAGUGAAGCCCUGGUGAGCGAUGGCAGGAGAAUCCCCCCUGCAGCUCCGCAUCUUCAACCUCAACUGCUGGGCCAUCCGCUACCUGAGCAAGCGGCGGCAGGAACGGGUCCAGCUCAUCGGGGACAAACUGCGCUGGGAGGGCUUUGACCUGGCCCUGCUCCAGGAGGUGUGGAGCGAGCAGGAUUACAGUGACCUGAAGGCAAAACUGGCAUCCUCCUACCCCUUCUCCCAUUACUUCCGCAGUGGGGUGAUUGGCAGCGGCCUCUGUGUCUUCUCCAAGUUCCCCAUCCUGGACACCCUCCUCUACCAGUACUCACUCAAUGGGUACCCCUACAUGCUCCAGCAUGGGGACUGGUUCUGUGGGAAGUCUGUUGGCCUCCUCAUCAUUAAGAUCUCUGGGAUCCUCUUCAAUGUCUACGUCACCCACCUCCACGCUGAGUACUGCCGAGAGAAGGAUGCCUACCUGCCCCACCGCCUGGUGCAGGCCUGGGAGCUGGCACAGUUCAUCCGACACACCUCGAAGGCAGCUGAUGUGGUGCUGCUGGGGGGGGACCUCAACAUGCACCCUGAGGACGUGGGCAUCCGGCUGCUGCGGGGCUGGACAGGGCUGCAGGACGCCUUCACUGAGGCUGAGUGCUUUGAGGGCUGUGAGGAUGGCUGCACCCUCGUCCCCAGCAACUGCUUCACUGUCAAGGCUGAGCUGCUGCCCUUCCCGCUGGGCAUCCGCAUCGACUACAUCCUCUACAAGGCUGUCUCCAACUUCACGGUGAAGUGCCAGGAGCUGAAGACCACCAAGGGGACAGCCCCAGGUGUGGACAUCCCCUUUUCCGACCACGAAGCCGUGAUGGCAACGCUGCACAUCCACAGGCAGGGGCAGCCCGGGGGGGCCACCACCACCACUAUGGACCCCAAGUUGGUGGACGUGGUGACAGAGGCACGGAUGGAGGUGGAGGUGGGGCUGCGGGCAGCGCGGCGGCAGCGGUACUGGCGGGGCAGGAUGGCGGUGCUGGCCCUGCUCCUCCUCCUCCUGCAGGCAGCAGCAGCCCUGGGCACGCUGGUGGGGCUGGGGGCCGGGCAGCCCUUCCCUAAGCUCUCUUUCUCCUUGCUGGCCUUCCUCGCUACCGGCGUCCUCCUCCUGGCCACCACCCUCCACCUCUUCCACACCAUGGAGGUGAAGAUGCUGCAGGGCACCGAGGAGCAGAUGCGGAGGGUGCUGCGGGUGCUGCAGGAGAGAGCCAGUGAUGGAUGAGUCAGGAUUAUGGUGGGGGGGAGAGGGGGGGUCCCACCGUAUGGUUCCCCCCCUCUCCAGCCCCAUCCUGGUCCCUUGAGUCCCUUUUUCCUACUCAAUGUCUGGUUUUAGAAGAGCAGCACUGCAGCCGGCUCGGCAGCGUGAAUUUGACACCCGCCUCUCGGGGUCAAAGUCAGAUUUUUAUUUUUGGUGGGGGGGAGAGAGUAGAUUUGUGGUGUUGGCCCCCGUGGUAACCACACGAGAGGUGGUUUUUAAUUGCUUGGUUUUUAAUAGACCCUUCCUAGCGGGAGGAAAACGCUGGCUGGGAGCCUCAAGAGGUUUAUCCCACUCCUUGCCCGGGGCAACCUCAGGAGCUCCCGGUGAAAGCUGGCGACUGCUCUGGAUUUGACUGGGUAGAAAAUAAAGGUGG